UGAAGGAACAAGGAAGACCAACAACUCGCAGCAACUCCACGUAGCAUCUCAAAGUUCACAAUCGUAACCAUUCAGAUUAUCUUCCUAGGUCACAGCGACAUCUGAUCGUCCCUCCUUGCUUCAUGAAGUAUGAAGCCUGAAGCCCGAAGCCUGAGUUUCCCCUAAUAAGACCGUCACAAGUCGUCAAGUCAGGUUGCCCCAGACAUAAUACAACCCUAGCUGCACCUUCCAUUUGCUGCUGGCUUCGGUCCACCAGUGACCAGUCGGCACAAGCCUAGAGCCUAGCCCACAACCUAUCCCCACCAAACCCAACGAAGAAAAAGAGAAGGAUCUAAUCUUCAACCCUUCUCCGGUCUUCCUGGCCCUUUGACCGCCAUCUUCUCACUAGAAUCAGGCACCUUUGCUUCCUCUUGCUUUGAUAUAUUUAAGUCAGCUAGCCUCUGACUCAAUCUAUUCCAUCUCAAGUCUACAAUGGAGGCUUUGAGGGGGUCCUCGCCACCAAAGAAUGCCUCUGGUAACGAGUCGCCGGAGCAAUUACUCGACGCCUUCAAAGCCGCGGCAUUAUCUGUAACCAAAUUAUAUAAAACUUCGGCGUCUGCGCAAGCCAAAGCCCGUAGUGACGGCUACCAAGAUUGUCUGGACGACCUCCUAGCCUUCCUCGAUAAAAGUCAUAUCGGCCUUGGAGAUGGUGAAGGAUGGCAAAUUCGUAAAUGGGCGACCGAGCGAUUAGAUGGAAGGGAUGCGACGCAGGAAAGCGAAGACGAAGUUGACAAAACUGAGCCUGCGUCAUCGCCAGAAAUUCAUCGUUCAGGUAUUCAAUCGCACCUAUCCGCAAACCGAACCGAACCCCACGUCCAGCAUGAUCCUGCACCCCAGUCAGUUCAUAUGCAGCUAUCCACCGCCGGUAACGCCCCGACGGAAGAACAGCAAAUGGUCGCCGUCCCAACUCAAGAGAACUUCACCUUUCGAUCAUCGCAUCCAUACCCUCAAGAAUCGUACCCGAACCUAGAAAAUCUAGAUCUUUCCGAUUCGACAAAAACGAGCGAAAAUUCUAACUCGGUUUCCUCCACUGUCCCUAUAGCCCACCCGGCUCGGUCGCGCGCUAAUAAACGAGGACCGAGGGCGCGGCCUACGAAUCAACUCGGAAAGGGCGCUGGCCAGAAGCGCACCAUCAACUUCGCUGAAUUGUUUGACGUCGGAGGUGUUGCAUUUGGCAAAGAUAUGUUCGGAAGGGACGGGAAGCGGAGUCGCCACACAUAACGAAGAGAAAGCUCGAGGCUUCAUGACGACCUCGAGUAACGACCUCGAGUAGAUAGGCAUCACGAGUCGACAGGUUCUCGGCUCUUGGACGGUGUUUAUAUGGACGAGAUCCCCAUUAAUUACGACGCAUGAUGGAUUGAAGGGAGGAUUCAUAUUGGAACAGGACAUUGCAUGGGAAGCACCGGCAAGCAUUUCGAGGCGUUGAGUACCUACUUUCGUACGGUUCAUUACUAUCCUGGAGGGGGAAGGGAGAGAGAGGCGUCCAGGAAUUCUUCUACUUGAUUUCCUAUAGACGAAGGACAAUACCAAACCAAACCAAUCAACUGUUCAAUUCGCAUUUCCGCAGGAGGAACUCCUCGGGUUUCUACGGCAAUAUGCCGCGCUCGCAUCACAUUAGGGAUGCAGGAUGUCAGGACUGGGAUGAGUUAUAGUACAUAGAGUCAAUCACUUGUACAUUCGUCGAAAUGAACUCAUAGAAAA